UGCGCCAACUGCGGCGCGGAGGUGACCCCUCUUUGGCGGCGGGACGGAGUUGGCAAGACUGUCUGCAAUGCGUGCGGCCUCUACUACAAGGCCCACGGCUCAUCUCGUCCCGGCACUAUUUCAAGCGGCGGAAGAUCGCGCAUGCGCGCUGCAGUGGGCGCGCUGAGCUGUGCCAACUGUGGUACGAGCACGACGCCGCUCUGGCGACGCGACGACGUCGGCAACAACAUCUGCAACGCGUGUGGUUUAUACUUCAAAUUGCACGGAACGCAUCGCCCCAAUUCGAUGAAGAAGACCGUCAUCAAGCGGCGCAAACGUGUACCAGCUGCUCCU